UUUUUGGUUUAAGAAAUGAAAACAAAUGGAUUUCUUUUAGAAAAAGAAAAGAUUAAUAUGCAAGAGUUUGGGGAUAACACUAACUUCGUUAAUACUGUGUCAACAGAAAAAUCCAUGGGGUGGGGUCACCUUGGAAGACGUGGCUCAGAUUCCGGCAACGACGCCGAUGCAGGUCCGAGCACCAGCACGGCGGAGCAACGCCGUUUUCCUUCAGCUGCGCAGCCAGAGAUGAUGAGAGCAGCUGAAAAAGACGAUCAGUACGCCUCUUUCGUUUACGAAGCCUGUCGCGACGCCUUCCGCCACCUCUUCGGUACUAGAGUUGCGGUGGCUUAUCAAAAUGAGACGAAGCUUUUAGGGCAAAUGCUUUACUUUGUUCUCACAACAGGCUCAGGACAACAAACACUUGGAGAGGAAUACUGUGACAUCACUCAGGUUGCAGGACCUUAUGGACUUCCUCCAACACCGGCCAGGCGCGCUUUGUUUAUUGUAUACCAAACGGCGAUUCCAUACAUCGCAGAACGGAUUAGUUCUAGAAUUGCUUCCCAAGGCAUUAUCCUGUCUGAUUACGAGUAUGCUGAGAUUUUUGGUGAAAGUGCCCGCGGGAGUAGUAGUAGUCGGGUUUCUUCGGGGAGUGAACUUGCUGCUUCGUCUGCCUCAGGGCAGUCUACUUCAACUAUGACGAGGUUGAAGGAGAAGCUCUGUGGAUUUUGGUUGCGUAUGGUUCAGAAAUGGCCCACGAUGCUCCCUUUUGUUCGUGAGUUAUUGCAGCUGGUUCUUCGUGCUAACCUCAUGUUGUUUUACUUUGAAGGCCUUUAUUAUCAUAUAUCCAAACGUACUUCUGCCAUUCGUUAUGUGUUCAUUGGAAAAGCAUCAAAUCAAAGACCCAGAUAUCAAAUAUUGGGAGUAUUUUUGCUGAUUCAACUUUGUGUAAUAGCUGCUGAAGCGCUUCGUCGAAGAAAUUUUACAUCAAUUGCUGGUUCAGUUCAUCAGGCAUCCUUUGCAACCCACCAUACAUCAGCAGGACACGGUUUGCCUGUUCUAAACGAAGAAGGUAAUUUGGCAUCUCCAGAAGCUGAUGAAGGAAGUUGGGUCUCUGGAUCUUCAUCUUCUGAGCCUCAUGCAACCAGUGGUGUUAGCAAAUGCACACUUUGCCUGAGUAAUCGUCAACACCCCACAGCCACUUCAUGUGGCCAUGUAUUUUGCUGGAACUGUAUCACAGAAUGGUGCAACGAGAAGCCAGAGUGCCCUCUUUGCCGCACCCCUAUAACACACUCAAGUCUAGUUUGUAUUUAUUACUCAGACUUCUAGAAUCUGUCUCUCUGCAGUCUUUUGUAAAUGGAAAGAAGAUAGCAUGAAAGUUUGAAAGACAACAUUUUCUUGAUCUUGAGGAUUGUAUCAAAAUGAACAUUUAAACAAUUUAAUUUUAUAUUAGAAAAUAAGAAAAAUCCUAUUUAUAUUGUGGCAGGAUUACAAAACGAGAUUACAAAUACGUGUAAAAUAUGUUUGAAUUUGAUUUAUAUUUUCAAACCUCCAAACAAAAUGUAAAAGUAACCCAUUUUCUAUCUGCCCAA